AUAGCUAAAGGGAGAGCUCUAAAUAAUAAGUUGUCUCACUAGUCAUAUUGUCUACUGAUCUCGAGUGUCGAAGCAUUCUCCUGAGAUAUACCUCAGGGACCCCGUAAUUUACGCUCUUUACCUGUGCAAAGAGACAAUAACAGCUUCUUGAUUCCAAGUCUGAUUAACUGAGAUACCUGCAAAACUAAAUAGUCGAUAAGUUGGUCUGAUUUUGCACGCCAUCAAUUAGGGAGAGUUUUUGGUUGAUACAACCAUCACAUGGCUGCAGUCCAAGACUCAGGCGUGAACUAGCAGUGGGUGUUAAAGUUCUUAUCUACUCUUGACUUUUCCUGAUAUAGAAGAUCACUACAAUUGUCGAAGACUAAUAAAGCAGCGUUAUCAUCAUAAGAACAAAGCAUAUGCAACGCUGAAUUCACCCUAGGCUGAUAGAGAUGCUUUGGAAUUUAUAAAAUUAUAUAUGCAUGAAAAUAUGGCAUGAGCAUGGGCCAUGUAUGAAACACCCUCUUAAAUGCUAUGCAUGCUUAGUCAUCAGGACCAAACUCCAUCAACAGUCUUCGCAUUUAUGUAGGCAUACGAUAUAUAUGCACUGACAAAACACUGAUUAUUCCACAUUUCAAUGAGAAGACUAAUUCUCUAUUUCACCUUUUCCUAGUAGUAUCUUUUCUCCCUGUCCUCUUUAUCUAAUAAUAAUUCAUCAAUAAAUACUCCCCACUACCUUAGCAACUGCUCUUUCUUUGUUCAUAAAACUCCUUUAGUCCCCUCUCUACCUCUGUCUCUCCCAAAACAAGGAAGAACCAGUUUCUUCACUAUCAUAUAAGCACUUCCAUAGUAAAAAUGCUAGGAAAUUCAAGUAAGAGAAGUUGUUCCAGUCCAGAUGUCAAUGAUAAGCCGACAAUCUAUCUCAACCAUGGAGGGGGAACCAGAAGAGCAGGAAAUAAGAAGAGGGUUAGAAUAUGUUUCAGUUUUAGAAUGCUCAGGAGUUCUACUCACUCACCAGCAAGAUUACUCUGGCGUCUCGGUGCUCAGGUUGCAAGAGCUCUACGGCGUAUGUCCAUGAGGAGGAGGUCUUCACGCAAAGUCUCUUCAGCUAUUUUGGCAAGGUCGCGAUCUUUAGCCGAUGCAAUUGAUUCUCAAAGAGCUGAAGCUGUAGAAGAUUGCAUUGAAUUCUUGAACUCUUCUUCCUCUUUGCAAAGAUCAAACUCGGUUUCUGCACAUUCUAGCUAGAAACUCUAGGCAUAAGGAGAGAGCAUGUGAAUUAAAGAAAUAUGUUUAUCAUCAUUCACUAGUCUUAAGAAAUUGUUUUUUGUUGCAUAAUUGCAUGUAAAGAAACAGAUUAAAUUGUGUAUAUCACCAACAAUAUUUAGCAGCAAGGAUCAUAGAACAUCACUUUCGCAGCACGAGGAGUACAAGGUUUUUUAACAUGUAAGGCAAACUUGCACAAGAAAAUUAUAGCAAAGAAAAACGAAU